CGCUCCAUAACAUGGCGGAUACCGUAAAUUCAUAGGAGUUGGCUGUACUUCCAAUAUUAACAUUGGAAGAGAUAUACUUGAUCUUAAAUUAGUAAAAGGUGUGAGCGUGUCUCUUGCUGGCAAAGGUGGCAGGCCAAGAGGAUACAUUGUGCGGCCUUUUCUGUGCUGUGGUGAAUUGUGAGGGUGCCAACUGAGUUCGGAGCACCUGUGCCACACUUGGAAUUUUGCCUUUUGGAAAUGUGGAGAGAUUGCCAUGGAGACACAGGAUAAGAAGCAGGUGGAAGAUGGAGUGAUGUUGGGCCUUUCAACCAAGCAAGCACUGGUAAAACUUCGAGACCAGCUCACCAGCCUCCUGAACCAGCACCAGAGAGCUGCUUGCAGACAUGUCUCCCUUCUGAGGAUGAAUAAUUUCCUUCACCAUGGAAGCCGCCAAUCCUGUCUCCAUUGGCCAGAAGCCGCCCUUACAUUUCUGGUGGUAGUGGGACUCCUCUGUUGCCAUGGUAGCCAACCUAUGGGCAGUUCAGGUUUAGAAUUAGUGAAUGCUGCAGCUUUACUUUGCCUUUUCCUGUUGAACCUGUUGUUGGUCAGACGUCAGGACAGACUGAAGAGGAGUGAAAUGGUCCAACGCCUCAAACGCAUAAUCAAACAGCUCAAUGAUUAUUUGUCAGGGUGUGUGGGUGAAGUGCAGUGGGCCCCUUCUCUUUACCCAGACCUUUACACACCCUCUUCCCCAUCGUGGUCCCUUCACUGGACCUACCGUGAUUUUCAACUGGUUAACCUGCCUGUUAGUCUACUGGUGGAAGGAGACAUAAUAGCCUUAAGACCUGGACAAGAGGCUUUUGCAUCCCUAAGAGGAAUUAAAGAUAAUGAGCACAUUGUACUGCAACCUGGAGAUUUAUUCCCUCCUUUCACUCCUUCCCCCCGGGUCAAUGAGACUAGAGAACCUCAGAGCCCCCAGCAGCACCAGCUUUUUCGAGUGGUCUGUACUCCUGUGUUGGACCCGGUCAGGAACAGUUUGGAUUUGGCAAUGAACCGCCCAAUCACAGUUUUAGAUAAUGAGAGAUUUACUGUACAGUCAAUCAUUACUAAGUUCAUCUGUCCUUUUGUGCUGAUUGCAUUCAUCUUAGUGAACACUGUACGCUUUUUUUGCGAUGCCCCAAACCUCCCUCCUGCCCGCUACAACUUUUUUCAGCUUCAGCUGAUGGGGGUUCUUCCCAUCUUGCCGCUGCUCUUCCCUGUGAUGUGGGUGCUGGUAAAUGCCUUCGGAGAGGCCAAGGUCCUCGCUGAGUUCAGCCGUGCAUCACCGGCGAGCCUGCUUGCUAAGUUCUCUGAGGACACUCUAAGCAGCUACACUGAAGUGGUUUCAUCCCAGGAGAUGUGGCGCUGUGUAUGGCAACACCUUAUCGGAAUCUUGAAAGGAGAAUCUCACACACUCAGCUAUUCAUCCAGCCUUUUACACACUCUGGGAUCAGUUACUGUGCUGUGCUGUGUGGACAAGCAGGGAAUUCUCUCAUGGCCUAAUCCCAGUCCAGAAACUGUCCUGUUCUUCAGUGGGCGAGUUGAACCACCUCAUAACAGCCAAGAUGAUCUCCAAGAUGAACUGUCCAUCAACUCCUUCUGCCAGAUAGAAACUGAUUAUGACAGGGAUGAGGCCCAAGAGGCAGACGCUCUGUUCUCUUUACCUGAAGACUCAAGCGCACAGCUAUGGGAGCCACCAGAACUCACUGAGACGUCCAAUGAAAUUGCCCGCAUAUCUGAAACAAUUCGGUUUCAACAGCCUGGCCAACCAACAAACACUCGCACUAAACACCACUCUGGAUCAAACGUUAGCUUCAGCCAUGACACUGUUGGGGGAGAAGAAGAGAAGGCACAGGAUUUCCCCAUGAGCUACCCAGAUGCCGAAGCUGAGGACUUUGUGUGUGACUACCACCUAGUAAUGCUGAGCCUGUCACAAGACCAGCAAAAUCCAGCCAGUAUCCAGUUUGAUGAUCUCUCCUGGCAGUGCCACCUCCCUUCCCUGAAACCACUGGGUCUCAACAUCAUGCUCAAUCUUUGCAAUGCCAGCAUCACCAAGCAACUAUGCCUCUUCUCUGACUACUUGUCAAACCUGGCUCUACAGGAAAGUAAUGGUACUGUGCUUCCCAUCAGCGUACCCUGGGGACUCUGUGAGCUCUCCAGACUGAUAGGGUUUACUCCUGGUGCAAGGGAGUUGUUUAAACAGGAAAACCAUUUGACUCUGUACCAGCUGCCAUCUGGGGAGAAACACAAUGAGUUCCCAUCUCGCCGCCUCCACCACUUAUCCAAACGCCAGCCUCCCAUCUCCCACCUGAUCUCCUUGUUUGUUAGAGAUUCUGUCUCCAAUCAUGUCCAGAUGCUGUCACAUGGUUCUGCUGAUAUUGUACUGGAGGCGUGCACGGACUUCUGGGAUGGAACUGAUAUCUAUCCACUUUCAGGCUCUGACAGAAAGAAGGUUCUAGAUUUCUACCAGAGGGCCUGUCUGUCAGGUUACUGUUCUGCCUUUGCCUACAAACCCAUGCAAGUAUCAUUGUCCAGUCAUCUGAAUGGGAAGUGUGUGGAGCUGGCACCCGGUCCUUGUCUUUUCGCUGGGGUUGAGCUGCCUUCCACGACCCCCAUCAAGAACAAUAACUUGAGAAACAGCUGGAGCUCAGAUGAGGGAAUAGGCGAGGGUUUGGAGCGGGACGACUGUGUUCAGGCUCUGAGUGGACAGAUUUUUAUGGGCAUGGUGUCAUCUCAGUUUCAGGCAAGGCUUGACACAGUCCGUCUUAUUGAUGCCCUGGUCACUGCUUGCAUUCGCUUUGUUUACUUCUCCAUGGAAGAUGAGCUCCGCAGCAAGGUGUUUGCAGAGAAGAUGGGUUUAGAGACAGGAUGGAACUGUCACAUCUCUCUAACCCCAAAUGGAGAUAGUCCCUGUAAUGGGUCGCCAUCCAGCCCCAGUCAUGGAUCUCUGCAUGAAGAUCUCAAUCAAGAUUCUCGGGAUGAAGCUGAAGGUCUUCUGCUGCCUGACGAGGAAGCCCACUCAGACCAAGCCAGUUUCCAGCCUACAGACAGUGAUAUACCCAGUUUCCUGGAGGACUGUAACAGAGCUAAGUUACCUCGUGGGAUCCACCAGGUUCGUCCGCAUUUAAAAAACAUUGAUAAUGUGCCUCUUUUGGUUCCACUCUUCACUGACUGCACCCCUUACACUAUGUGUGAGAUGAUGAAGAUCAUGCAGGAGAACAGAGAGGUUACCUGUUGUCUGGGAAGCUCCGCCAAUUUCCGUAAUAACUGUCUGUUUUUGCAGAGUGACCUCAGCAUUGCACUGGACCCUCUAUAUCCAUCUCAGUGUUCAUGGGAGACUUUUGGAUAUGCCACUGGAGGAGGCUUUAACGGAGACAUUGAAGGACUAUCUCCUCUAAGACUGUCUGGACAGCUCAACAGUCUUGGCUGCUCUGUGUCCUUCCAUCAGGGAGACAGCGUCAGCAUUGUCAAGCUCGUAGAGCAGGCAAGGCAUACGGCCUCUGGCAUUCGGAAGUGCUUCCUCUUCUUGCUUCAGUGUCAGCUCAGCCUGGUUAUCAUCCAGUUCUUAAGCUGCCUUGCCCAGCUUCCUCCACCGAUGAAUACCACUGAUAUCCUCUGGGUGUCCUGCUUCAGCUAUCCUCUUUUGAGUGUGUCACUUCUGGGAAAACCACCUGACACCUCUGUCAUGACGGUUGCCACAGGGAAGAACCUGGAUUCAAUCCCAAAAAAGACUCGGAACUACUUUCUUGGCUGUUUCGUUCUGAAGUUUGGCCUUAGUAUUUGUGCCUACCUGUUGGCCUUUGGCUUCACCCUGCAGGCAGUCUGCCCCAUGGGAAGUAAUUUGACCAUCUCUAGCAACACUUCAUUCACCUGUGGCUCUUUAUACACGGCCAGCUCAUCAAAUGAGGCUCUUCAAUGGUUUGGGGAGUUGUCCAAUGGCCUGCUGCUGACUCAGAAAGUCAUGGCUGGAUUCCUUGUAUUACACACUGUGGUGAUAUCCAUCAGCUAUGUCCAUCGUUCACAGCCUCUGUGGAGGAAGAGUCCAUUCAGCAAUACCUGGUGGUGUCUCACUGUUCCUGUUGUACUACUUGGCCAGAUGGUACAAGCCACAGUGGAUUUUCAAUUGUGGUGUGACCGGGGCAGUCUCUUGACCUUUAAUCUAGAAAGCAUCCCUCUUGAAGUGUGGCUACUGGCCUCUCUGUCUCCACUGGUGGUAGUGGUGGUCAACGAAGUGGUGAAACUAAACGAAAUACGGGUCCGAGUCCGCUAUCAAAAGCGACAGAAGCUGCAGUUUGAAACAAAGUUGGGGAUGAACUCUCCAUUUUAAUGCGCAACAUUAGAAGAUGAUACUACCGAAGUACUGAGUCUGGUGCCUUCUUCUAGACAGAAGCAACGGACAGGGGUAAACACUCCUAGUAUCACCACUUUAGCCCAACUCAAGAAGAGGGUACACAAGUGGGAACUUGUAUCGUAAAGCUCCUUGACUUUGAAAUGGUUGGCCAUCUAUCAGGAGAACAGAGAAAGGGAAAAAAUGUCCAAUUCUGGAACUUUUUUUUCAGUUUUUAGUUUUUCACAGCUUGAGGAAUGUUUUCUGACCAGGUUUUGCUUUUUUCAGUGUCACAAACUGUAAUGCACCAGGUAUGUGGAAAAAGCUGCAUUAUUAUAUGUUCCUUUGGCUAUUGAGGUAAAGUUGAUUUUUACACGGUUUUAUUUCAAUGAAGAACAGAACACUGAGGUAUAUUAAUCGGUCUCCAAACUGUCCAAACAAUGUUGUUAUCCAUUAGAUUUAAAUGCUUUUCAAUAAAUUGAAACUCAUCAAGUUGAAGAGAUAAAUUAAACACAUUGCACACCAGAGUAUACACGAAACAUGAAAUAUCCCAUGGAUAGAUCUGUUUAUAUUCCACUUAAAUGUUCCGUGAGAGAUUAUUACAAUGGUGAAAUCUUACAAAAUGCUUUAAAGUAAUUGAGAAACUUUGAGAAUUACUUGGUUUUAUAAGAUUUUAAUUUAUUAUAUAAAUGUGAAUGUAUUUUCAUGUCUCUUUUCUUUCUGUUCCAGUUCAGUUUAAUAUAUAUAGCAUCCCCUGUAUUAUUUUAACCCAACAAGGCUAUAUACAUUAAUAUCCAU